GUCGUAGAUACCAUUUAACAAUUAACACAUUAGCUCAAGUGUACCGGAGAAGUUGGAAGAGCAGGCAAAAAAAAAUCGCGAUGAAAUUACCAAAACCUCCAAAUCUCCCUGAGAAACCUCUUAAACCCAACUUCUUCCACGGCCACCGUAAACCCUCCCGUAACCGUCCCGUCGUCCACGGUGGUCUCUUCUCCAACCGCCAAUACCUCUCCCGAGACUCACCCCAAUCACAAUCCAACAGAACCCCCUUCGAUCUCCGCAAAUGGGACCCGCAAUCCCGCCCCCGACCUUCUCCGCCGCCGUCUCCUCCUUCCGCAACCAUCUCCGCCGCCUCCGAACGCCUAUCCCCGAUCGCGCGCUUCGUCCUCGACGCCUUCCGCAAGAACCAAAACCACUGGGGCCCCUCCGUCGUCUCGGAGCUGAACAAACUCCGCCGCGUCACGCCGAGCACCGUCGCCGAGGUUUUAAAAGUAGGAAACGACGCCGCCGUCGCGGCGAAGUUCUUCCACUGGGCCGGUAAGCAGAAAGGGUACAGACACGACUUCGCGUCCUACAACGCCUUCGCGUAUUGCCUCAACCGAACCGGAAACUUCCGCGCGGCGGAUCAGUUGCCGGAGCUCAUGGACUCCCAGGGACGCCCUCCGUCGGAGAAACAGUUCGAGAUUCUGAUCAGAAUGCACGCUGAUAAUAAAAGAGGGUUAAGAGUUUAUUACGUGUACGAGAAGAUGAAGAAGUUUGGAUUCAAACCUAGCGUGUUCUUGUAUAAUAGGAUAAUGGAUGCCUUGAUGAAAUGUGGUUACUUUGAUUUAGCCUUAGCUGUUUAUGAUGAUUUUAAAGAAGACGGUUUAGUUGAGGAACGUACCACUUUCAUGAUCUUGGUUAAAGGACUGUGUAAAGCUGGUAGAAUGGAGGAGAUGUUAGAGAUAGUGCAGAGGAUGAGGGAUGAUCUGUGUAAGCCUGAUGUGUUUGCUUACACGGCGAUGAUCAAGACGUUGGUUUCAGAAGGGAAUAUUGAUGGGAGUUUACGGGUUUGGGAGGAGAUGAAACGCGAUGAGGUGAAACCUGACAUGAUGGCGUAUGGGACACUUGUUGUGGGUUUGUGUAAAGACGGUAGAGUUGAAAGAGGGUAUGAGUUGUUUGUGGAGAUGAAGGAAAAAGAGGUUUUGAUUGAUAGGGAGAUCUAUAGGGUUUUGAUUGAAGGGUUUGUAGCGGAUGGGAAGGUUAGAUGUGCUUGUGAUCUGUGGGAGGAUUUGGUGGGUUCUGGGUAUAUUGCUGAUCUUGGGAUAUAUAAUGCAGUUAUUAAAGGGUUGUGUACUGUGAAUCAGGUUGAUAAAGCUUAUAAGCUCUUCCAUGUUGCAGUUGAGGAAGAACUGGAGCCAGAUUUUGAGACUCUGAGUCCCAUUAUGGUUGCUUAUGUGGUGAUGAAGAGAUUGAGUGAUUUUUUAGAGUUGCUAGAACGAAUUGGGGAAUUAGGAUACCCUGUAGCAGAUUACCUUUCACAAUUGUUGUGUGCUGACGAAGAAAAGAGAACGAUGGCUUUAGAUGUCUUUGAUGUACUAAAGACUAAAGGUCAUGGCAGUGUCUGUGUGUACAACAUUCUUAUGGAAGCUCUUUACAAGAUGGGGGAUAUUGAAAAGUCUUUGUCACUUUUAACUGAAAUGAGGGAUUUUGGGUUUGAACCAGAUUCAUUAUCGUACAGUAUAGCAAUUAGCUGUUUUGUUGCGAAGGGUGAAGUCCUGAAGGCUUGUUCGUAUCAUGAAAAAAUCACCGAGAUGUCGUGUGUUCCUUCCGUAGCUGCUUAUCUGUCUCUUGCUAGAGGACUCAGCCAAAUUGGAGAAAUUGAUGCUGUGAUGUUACUAGUUCGUGAGUGCCUGGGAAACGUUGAAAGUGGUCCAAGGGAGUUUAUGUACGCUCUGAGGGUCUGUCAUGUAUGCAAAGCGAGUAGCGUGGAGAAGGUUAUGGAAGUCCUUGAUGAGAUGAACCAAGAAGGUGUCUGUAUCAGUGAAGUUAUAUACUGUGCGAUUAUCUCUGGUAUGGCUAAGCAUGGAACAAUCAAAGCAGCAAGAGAAGUCUUUGCGGAGCUGAAAAAGAGAAAAGUUAUGACAGAGGCUGAAAUGGUAGUCUAUGAUGAAAUGUUGGUUGAGCAGACAAAGAAGAAGACAGCUGAUUUGGUGCUUUCAGGGAUCAAGUUUUUCGGUCUCGAGUCAAAACUAAGAGCAAAAGGUUGCAGAAUACUCGAUUAACUAACAUUUGGGGGGCCUUAUAAAUCACUCAGCUGCAAAGGUGACUAAGAGGAGCAUAAGCUCUUUUGUGCGUUGGUAUUAGUCUGCGCUCAAUGUUUCAUGUGUACGGGUUUGCCGAGCCCAACCAUGAAAGUUUUGGAGCUUUUCUCAUGAAUCCAUGUCAUGAAAGUGUGUUAUUUUUUGGGUUAAUCAUACUGGUUGCUGAAGCUUGGGAGGAGACUCUAUACAUUGGUGGAGUUAGUGCAGCGAAGCUUGAGAGUCUCUGUUAAGGUCUGAAGGUGUUUCUAUUUAUAGAGUGCUUGUAAGGAAGUUUAUACAAUAAGUGAAACUCAUUUUUCACAUAAAAUGGCUUUUAAGUAUUAAUAGUCCAUUGUUAGUGCUUAGUGCUAGUGUUUCAAAAAAAAGAAAGAUUUACACUUUAAGGCACAUUUCAUCUUUAUAUUACACGCUGGGACACUUCUAUCUACAAGAACACUUUUUCUUAAACAUCAGCUGAUUCUUAACCUAUCUAGUUUGAUUGUAAUGACUAUUUCACUAACUAAAAAAUCAAUGUUUUUCGUUUUGACGGGCUAAAUUCUUGGCCAUUGAUUUUAUUUAGAUUGAAGGGACUAGAUUCAUCAGACAAAAAUGUGAUAUGACAUAUAUCUGCCAUAUAAAUCUAACCAUUAGAUAAUUUGAUAUCCAACCAAAAUUGAUGGCUCAGAUUGCAUCUUCUACCAACCACAAAUAGUUUUCACUCUCUUCCUCCACAUCUGAAAGGAUUUUACAGACUAAAAUUUCAAGAUAGAAACAAAGCAAAUCUCAAAACAGUCAUUAUCAGAAAACUUUGUAUCCUUUCAGAUUCAUUUAUAUUUUAUCUCGACAACAUAUUUUCCGCUUAAACCCUCGAUGAUGGUGACGAUGACUGGUGACGACGAGGCAGACGAAGCUGAUGCAGACAACGGCGGAGAAGCCGUCUCCCGACUUUAACAAGGCUCGAGAAUUGUGACAGGCAUUCAUUUGAUUUUGAUUAUACAGUAUAAUCUACAUCAAAUUAAAGGUGGAUUGUUUAGCUUUCACGUCCGGUGAACUCUCAAUUCACUGAAAGCAGGAAUUUCUCAUCCCACCAAACUUGCUGAUGUCCAUCAACAAGAGUAUCCACAUGUACAUUCACUCUAGGGACAAGCUUCCCCAUCCAUUUGUACACCUUAGCCCAUGUACAACAAUGCCCCAAUUACUAGGAACCUUCUGAUAUCAGUAACUUGAGAUCCCCUAUCUCUUUGAGGACACACCUUAUGAAGCCGAUGAAAUCUCAGAUUUGGAUAUUUAUGGAAACAAAGAUUUCUCAAGUCACAUAUAUUCUACAAAGAUUUUUCUUUCAUAUUUUAUUUGUUUUGUUUGCUUGUCUAUGUAAAAGUUUCCAAUUUGCUUCAUAAAUUAUAAGUUGCUAUAUUUAUUUAUUGUUGUACACAACACAUGUUUUUUCCAUUUUUGUACACAUGAAAUUUGAGUUGUUAGUAACUAUUAUUUUACUGAAGUUUACACAAUUA